GGCUGCGCUGAAACCCCCAAACCCAACCAUGGAGAAAGCCACCCUUCCCGCCGCCGCCGCCGCCGCCGGCGUCGACCUUUCCCCGGCGGCGACCGACCUCGGCCGGGUGCACCUCCUUCCCUGCGGCAUCAGGCACAACAGCGCCGCCGCCGUCUCCGACUACUUCAAGCCGAGGGACACCGAUGUGGAGGUGGAUGGCGUGAAGGUGGAGGAGGCCUUCUUCCGCGGGAGGAAUCUGCAGGGCGCCACCGUCGCGCUCCCCGAUGGCUACCGAGGUUAUGUUUUGGAGAAGAAGAAGAACGAAGAAAAGGAUGCUCAGGGCAUGGAUGAGGAGGCUAGCAAUUUUGUAUCCCGUGCAGAAUUCCAGAACAUAACUUACUGGAACCAUGACACCAUGCCAUCAGCAGAGGAUCCUCUCCCUCGGUGCUUUCAUUGGUUAGCCAUUGCGAAUGCAAUGCACAAGCCAGUGACUGCUGAAGACAUGGCUAACAUGUCAGCCAGGCAGAAUCAGAACAGUUGACCAAGAUCUAUUACAUAGUGAUUCUGUUAUUUGGUUCCAGCAGGUGCAUCGUCCAAGCAAUCUACUACUCUGAUGAACUUGGAAUUUCGGAAUUGUAAGAGUAGCCAUUAGCUGCUAGCCUGUGAGGGCCAGGCUCUCUGCGUUAAGAACUUAAGGUGGUCACCCUCCAGUGCCCCUGUUGAAGAAUGUUUGCCGAAGUCCUGCAUUUAACGUACUGUAUUGAUUUUUAGAACUCCUGUGCUCUUUCCUGUUUUACAGACCAGCUCAUGUGUCAGGCUAUCGAUAUAUGUAAUGUUGUGAAUGGGUUACCAGUGAUAACUUUUUAGUUGUCAUGUCUUAAUAUGAUGUUGGAAAAUUACAUUGUCUUAA